UCAAUAAGAUUUAUUUGUUAAUGCGAAAAAAUGGCAACUAAAGGAAAAGAAGCAAUCGAUUUAAAGGCGGCUGCUGCAGCAAAGUUGGUUCUACAGGAGCUAGACCCUGUUGCUCGGAAAAGAAGGCAAGAAUUCAGCAGCGGUUUACCACAGGGAGUGAUUGGAAUUCACGCCAAAACAUUGAGAAACUUCAGUAAAACUUUCUUUUUUACUUCCACGUUUGCUGGCUGCACCGAAAUCCGGUUGUUUCUACGAAUUACAGUUCAGGGCGCAGUUAAAUGUUCGAAGAUUGUUGAGAUACGACGAGACGCCACGAACACGAAGAGUAACAAACUGGUGAUGAACCGACAAUCUAAACUAUGGAGUCGAAGAUCCGUGGUACCUGGAGAAAGGAUUGGGUCUCCUGGGGUUACGGGACCCAGAGAUAGUUUGGCUGGUGGCCACGCAGAGCUGACUCUGGACGAGUUAAAGACAUUUUCGUUGAUUCUUUGCAAAAAAUACGACGACCCGCGAAAUCUUAUCAAACUUGAGUUAAUAGAAGUGGAUAGCCAUUCUGCUGGGUUGAGGAGAGGGAACUUGAACGUCGGAUUCGCCACCUUGCACUUGCACGAUAUUAUAAAAGAAAUGUACACGAGCAAAAGUGUGUUUAUGAUGGUAAAAGAUAAGAGGGUUGCAGAACUUGACCUUGAGUACGUAUUCCGAUAUGGAACGCUUGGGUACGGAUACUCACACCAACUAAAACAUGAUACGUCAUCUCUAUCACAUAUUAUGAGCGAGUCAAUGUUUUUUAAAGUUCUACCACCACCUGAAAGAAGAGACGAUGAAGGAUUCCUUGAACCUUUAGAUCUUCCACAACCCGAGUUCAUUCCUUUUAAAAAAGAAGAAGGUGAUGACGAACGAGAAAAGAAAGAAAUUCCAUCUUCAUCUAGUUUACUAUACAUGAAGGUUGACACUUCAAACGUUACCCGCCUCAUUCAAACACGGAAGCGUCUUUCACGCAUGCGCAAUGAGUAUUUAGAGCUCACAACCCGACAUGAUAGGACGAGAUAUCUACAAUCGGUUGUGGCGAGAUUGGGAGCCCGAGCAUCUGGUGUUGACACCACCAACGACGAUGACGCCGAUGACGACGACCCUGACGAUGGCUCACCACGCCAACUAGCGGGCAUGCCACUCGAUGCUAGGCGGCAGAGUGAAGCUGUCAAAGCUGUUAUUGGAAAUUUAUCGCCUUUACUGUUGAUGGCUGCAGGUUUACAAGAACGUGGUUCAAGAUCCGGAGUAGUAAGGCGACGAGCUGCUGAUACCGCGCUAGAAGACUCCGACAACGAUUCAAACGGAGAAUUAAACUCUGAAUCGGGGAGUCGGCCUGGUACGAGUGAAUCACAGAAAAGACCGGAAGAACCGACAGAACAGAACUCUGAAACCAAACCGGAAGGUAAGAAGGGAUUGAUGAAAUUACUUCGAAGAAAAGUCCUUGUUCCGAUGAGGUUAAAAAAGAUGAUGGACCCCGCUAAUAAACCUGCUCCUAAAACACUAAAUGUUGGACAGAAUGAGGAACAAGCUUCUUCAGAUGCUUCAACAGCAGCUACUGCAGCUCCGCAGUUGCUGAGUUUGCUACAGAAAGUCAACAGAGUAUCAGCGUCAGAUGAUGAAAGCAAAAGUGAUCAGGAAUAAAAUAUUCAAUGCCGAAUGUGUUUUUAUAUACAAACCUGUAGUACGAAAGCUGUUUCGAAAGUCGCUAUACAUGCUGGUGUAUAUACAUUUGCAACUUAAUAUUUGAGCAGUUAAGGGGAUUGCUAUGUAGUCGCUGUGGCUAAAUUGUCAGUCGCUUGCCCUGUAGCCGACGGGUACCGGAUGUUUGAUUCGAUAAUAAUGUAGAACGAUAUUUAAAAUAAAAUCCGUAUCUUUAAGUUUUUGAAUAAUAUCGCAGACGUGCGACAUUAUAAAACAGCGCCAUUAUCGGUCAAUUUAGGGUUAGGCUUACUGUUAUACAAUAUAGCCUACUAAUACAGAAAGGAUGGCAACUCUGUAAAACAUCGUGUAUAUUCCACAUAUAUGUGUAUAUGUAUUGUGAUCUUCUACCGUCGUUCGAUGACGUCAUC